GCCGCUGCAGCUCUUUCUCAGGGAUCCCGGCUGCGCAAGCCCGCCCCUUCCCCUCCCUCCUUCCCCUCCCCUCCGCGCUGUGGCGGCUGGAGCCCGGAGCGCCCGGCGACAGCCCCGGCGACGCAGCAGCAGCUGCAGAGGCGCACCCAGCCCAGCCAGCAGGACGCUCCGAGCCCCCCGGCCCGAAUCCGGCCCUCGCCCCCGGCCCGACUCGGGGCUGGUGGCGGCGGCGCUGGGCGCCCGGCCCGGCCCGGCCCGGCCCCGGCCCCUGCCCUGGCCCCGGCCCCGCUGAAUGCAUGAGGUUGAUGCUCCUCUGCUGCACCUGGAGGGAAGAACGUAUGGGAGAGGAGGAAGGAAGUGACCUGCCCGUGUGUUCAAGCUGUGGCCAGAGCAUCUAUGAUGGGCAGUACCUCCAGGCCCUGAAUGCUGACUGGCAUUCCGACUGCUUCAGGUGCUGCGAAUGUGGUGCCUCCCUCUCCCACCAGUACUAUGAAAAGGAUGGGCAGCUGUACUGUAAGAAGGAUUAUUGGGCCCGCUAUGGCGAGUCGUGCCAUGGCUGCUCUGAGCAGAUCACCAAAGGGCUGGUCAUGGUUGCAGGGGACCAGAAGUACCAUCCAGAAUGCUUCAUUUGCCUCACAUGUGGGGCCUUCAUUGGGGAUGGGGAUACCUAUGCCCUGGUGGAACGAUCCAAACUCUACUGUGGACAUUGCUAUUACCAAAUGGUGGUGACUCCAGUCAUUGAGCAAAUCCUGCCUGACUCGCCAGGAUCUCGCCUCCCACAUACUGUCACCUUGGUGUCCAUCCCAGCCUCUGCUGAUGGCAAGCGAGGGCUCUCUGUCUCCAUCGACCCGCCCUAUGGCCAGCAGGGGUGUGGCUCUGAGCACUCCCACACUGUUCGAGUUCGUGGAGUGGACCCAGAUUGCAUCAGUCCAGAUGUGAAGAACUCCAUCCACAUUGGAGACAGGAUCCUAGAGAUAAAUGGUACUCCCAUCCGGAACGUCCCCUUAGAUGAGAUUGACCUGCUAAUCCAGGAGACCAGCCGCCUGCUCCAGCUGACCAUUGAACACGACCCCCAUGAUGUUCUGGCCCAUGGCACAGCUCCGGAGGCCAGCCCUCUGGCAGAUCUGCGAAGCCCACUGUGCUCCCCAGCCCGUACCCCCAACACAGAAGCAGGAGCCCCUGUCCGGCAGAGGCCUGUCCUGAGGAGCUGCAGCAUUGACAAAUCACCCUGUGGCAGCUCGCUGGGCUCCCCAGCCUCCCAGCGGAAGGAUCUGGGCCGUUCUGAGUCCCUUCGAAUUGUGUCUCGGACCCACCGCAUCUUCCGGCCUUCUGACCUCAUUCAUGGUGAAGUCUUGGGGAAGGGCUGUUUUGGACAGGCCAUCAAGGUAACUCACCGAGAGACCGGCGAGGUGAUGGUGAUGAAGGAACUCAUCCGAUUCGAUGAGGAGACACAGAGGACAUUUCUCAAAGAGGUGAAGGUAAUGCGGUGCCUGGAGCAUCCCAAUGUGCUCAAGUUCAUCGGGGUGCUCUACAAGGACAAGAGGUUGAACUUCAUCACCGAGUACAUCAAGGGUGGUACCCUCCGGGGAAUCAUCAAGAGCAUGGACAGCCAGUACCCCUGGAGCCAGCGGGUCAGCUUUGCCAAGGACAUCGCCUCUGGAAUGGCCUAUCUGCAUUCCAUGAACAUCAUCCACCGAGAUCUAAACUCCCACAACUGCCUGGUGAGAGAGAACAAGAACGUCGUCGUGGCCGACUUCGGGCUGGCCCGGCUCAUGGUGGAUGAGAAGAACCAGCCUGACCAGCUCCAGAGCCUCAAGAAGCCAGACAGAAAGAAGCGGUACACUGUGGUGGGAAACCCCUAUUGGAUGGCCCCCGAGAUGAUCAAUGGGCACAGCUAUGAUGAGAAGGUGGAUGUCUUUUCCUUUGGCAUUGUUCUCUGUGAGAUCAUUGGCCGCGUGAACGCCGACCCCGACUACCUUCCCCGCACCAUGGACUUCGGCCUCAAUGUCCGAGGCUUCCUGGACCGAUACUGUCCCCCCAACUGCCCCCCGAGCUUCUUCCCCAUCACCGUGCGCUGCUGUGACCUCGACCCCGAGAAGAGGCCAUCUUUUGUGAAGCUGGAACAGUGGCUCGAAACCCUCCGCAUGCACUUGGACAUCCGUCUGCCCCUGGGACCGCAGCUGGAGCAGCUGGAGAAGGGGUUCUGGGAGACCCACAGGCGGGGGGAGAGCGGGCUGCCCAUGCACCCGGAGGUCCCCGACUGAGCCCGCCCCCCCGGCCCUGUCCCACGCACCCCCGACUCCAAUAGCAUCAGCAUCCACUCACAUUGACAAGAGAAAAGGAGGGGGGGAGGGGAAAGCCUGUCCCCCCUCCCCAUCCAUUCCCCAGCAGGGCUUCCCCCCGGGAACUGUCUGAUGCCCCUAAAAUGCACAAUCACCGUCUCCUUCCUUCCCCAGAGGAGCUCAAGCCAGCUUCGUCCCCCACAGCUCAGGAGAGCCGAGGGCAGGGGGUGCCCUCCCAGCCCUGAGACCCGGCCCAUGAAGUCUGGGCUCGGCGCUCCUCGUCCCCCAUCUUUCCCCUCCCCCAGACCUUCCUCCUCCGUCCUCUCUGGGUCCCACCCCCAGCGGGGUCUCUCCUCACCCUCACCGUGACUGCUCGUGGCUUCUAGUAACAGCUGCUGCCCCCCCCCCCCCCGGCUUGCCCCCAGCUCGCCAGCUCCCGGCCAGUCCUCGGUCCUUCCGCGCCGCCCUUUGUCCCCCCAGCUUCAACCUGCAUGAGCUCCCCCGGUGGGAUCCGGGUCCUCUCGCCCUCCCACUCGGGGUGAGAGGGACACUCAGGCCGGAAAGGAGGACAAGCCAGCCUGGCCUGCCCUGCCCAUUCCCCAACGGAGGAAGGAGAAGGGCAGCAGUCUGGGGUUCGAGGGCAGAGGCACAACCCUGAGCUUGCCAUUUCCUUUUUCUUUGGUCAUGUUUUGAAAUCUAGAAUUCCCUGGAGUCGCUCAUCAGAGUCUGUAGGGCCUUCCUCCAGCCGGGUCCUGGGGGGCUUUUCCAGGGUGUCUCCCCUCCCUGUGUGUGUAUGCGCGUGCGUGUGUGUAUGAGUGCAGCCACUUUGGAUACAAGGGGAAGCCACUUAGGUAACUCGGCCAGGGGACGGGGAGAGACGUCAGAGGCCGGUCCCAAGGCCCAUCCUUGGCCUGUCCUAGUUCUCCCCCCCCCCCCAAGGUCCUGGAGAGCAGGGAAGCCUGGGCAAGGGCCCAUUUCCUCCCCUAAUGGGCAGCCAGAGAAGAGGUGCCCCCCUGCUCCUUGGGGAGAGAAAGCCCCUCAGCCAGAGCAUCUUGUUUUCUUUUCUUUGAAACCACGUCACACGUCCCCAGAUCCCUGUGUCUCAGCACAGCCUUGGCAGCUGCUUCAGGGGGUGCCCGAGGGGCUCUGGGCAGCUAGUGGGGGCGCCGUCCCUGGAGGGCUGGGAGAGGCCCCAAGGGAGGCUGGGGAAGGGAGGCCGGGCGGGUGCCAGCAUCAUCCCCAGUCCUUCAUCUCAACCCUCCUGGUCCCGACCUCGACUCCUCUCCCCCAAGGACGGCGCGGUGGGAGGUGGGGAGCGAGGGGAGGGGGGUCUUCAUGCUACUGUUUACCCAGGUUCUUUUGUGUAAUAUAUUUUUUAAAAAGAGUUUGUAUUAUUUUUUCAUACAGGGGCUGUAAGGGUGGGGGGAGCCGGGGGGUGUUGUUUUGAGGGGAGACGGGGUAUCUUUUUCUUUCGUUUGGGGGCCAUUUUUUUUCCACUCUGCCUCAGUUGAGCUUACAGGAAAGUAUUAAAACUGUGACGCAUUUCUCAGUGCACUUUGGCCUGGAAGGAAAUGAAAAAACCCUUAAAAUGGGAUCUUUCUUUAAGGAGGUGGGAAGUGCGCCCUCCAGACCUGUGAUAACACAAUAAAAACCAUACUUUCCACCCACCA